AUGGGUUCCACCGACUACGGGCUGGACAGCCUCGAAGAGCCUAUGGAUGUGGCCAAGUACCUUUUCACAAGACUGCACCAAGUGGGCAUCAGGUCCGUCCAUGGCCUCCCUGGUGAUUAUAAUCUGGCCUCUCUCGACUACGUUUCAGAGUGUGGACUGAAGUGGGUUGGCAAUGUGAACGAGCUCAACGCAGGCAAGUCCUAUGCUGCGGAUGGGUACGCUCGCGUCAAGGGCAUCUCUGCUCUCAUGACCACCUUUGGUGUGGGUGAACUCAGCGCCCUGAACGGGAUAGCUGGGGCUUUCGCGGAACAAGUGCCUCUCGUCCAUAUCGUUGGCUGUCCGUCGACUACAUCAGAGCAGAACGGGCUGCUACUCCACCACACACUGGGCAAUGGAGACUAUAAUGUCUUCAAGAACAUGUCAAGCUUGAUCUCGUGCUACGUCGCCAAGCUCAACCAGCCAAACCUGAUCGCACACGAGAUUGACACGGCCAUUCGCGAGUGCUGGAUCCGCAGCAAGCCCGUGUACAUCAUGGUGCCUUCGGACAUGAUUAAGGAGAGGAUCGAGGGAGCCCGUCUCAGAACUCCUAUCGACUUGUCCGACCCAGUGAAUGACCCUGAGAAGGAGGCAUAUGCUGUGGAUGUGAUCCUCAAGUACCUGUAUGCGGCGCGGAAUGCCAUUAUUCUUGUCGAUGCUUGCGCUAUUCGUCACCGAGUUGUGAGCGAGGUCCACCAAUUGCUCGACAAGACACAUCUCCCUGUGUUUGUGGCUCCCAUGGGCAAGGGAGCCAUUAACGAACAACACCCAACUUACGGAGGCAUCUACGCUGGUAAUGCAUCCCACCCGAAUGUGGCCAAGGCUGUAGAAGCUGCGGAUCUAGUCCUGAGCAUCGGUUCCCUCAAGAGCGAUCUCAAUACCGCGGGUUUUUCGUACCGGCUGUCCCAAUUGAAUACUAUCGACCUUCACAGCACCCACUGCACAGUACGGUACUCUGAGUACCCAGGUGUGACCAUGAAAGGCGUCCUACAAAGAAUCAUCAACACGGUCGACACCACCAAACUCUCCGCGGUUCCCUCACCCAAGGUGGAGAACCAAGUCGCCGCCAAUGAUGAUGAAUCGUCUGCGAUUACGCAGUACUGGCUGUGGCCGCGUGUCGGCGAGUACCUCAGGGAAGAUGACAUUGUCAUUACGGAGACGGGUACUGCCAGUUUUGGCAUUUGGGAAACGAAGUUUCCCAAGGGUGUCAUCGCAUUAAAUCAAACGCUAUGGGGGUCGAUUGGCUGGUCCGUAGGUGCCUGUCAGGGCGCCGCGCUUGCGGCAAAGGACGCGGGCGUCGACCGGCGGACGGUGCUGUUCGUUGGCGACGGCAGCUACCAGCUCACGGCGCAGGAGGUCAGUACGAUCGUCAGGCACGGACUGCGGGUCACGCUGUUCUGCAUUUGCAACGAGGGCUACACCAUCGAGCGCUUCAUCCACGGCGCUGAGGCCGAGUACAACGACAUCGCGCCUUGGAGGUUCAAGGACACCCCCGCCGCCCUCGGGGCAUCCGGGGAGCAGGUCUCGACGCACGUAGUGAGGACUAAGGCGGAGCUGGACGGGCUCCUGAGGGAUAGGGAUUUCAACGAGGCCAGGAGCCUGCAGUUUGUUGAGUUGCAUGUGCCCAAGAUGGAUGCCCCGAGGCCGUUGGUCAUGGUUGCGAAUGCUGCAGCCAAGAAUAAUUCAAAGGCGUGA